UGCAGCCUGCAGAGAAUGUACUGCAGGGAAGGGGCGUGGCCUCGGCAUAGCCCCGCCCCUUAUGCUCAUCCUACUCCCCCCUCCCUUCUCUUUCCUUCUUCAAUCUGCAGAGAAGCCGCAACCACGCCUGGACCCAGAUUUCUGCCAAACGUAAACCGUGUCCCAGAAGACAGACUCAAAGGGGAAAAUGAAAUCCACCAUUGGCAUUGCAGUCCUUCUGACAGUGCUGGAAUUCGCUUGCUGCCAGAGGAUCAAGAAAUUGAAGGCUUGCUUGGACAAGCAGAGCCUCCGCAUCGACUGCAACUACGAGCGGAAGACCAAGAAUGCCCUGACUUACGAGUUCCGCCUGAGCAAGGACAACACGGAGGGGGUGGUGGUCGCCGGCAACUGGAACACAGCGAGCAGCAUCUACAAGAGCCGCACCAACCACACUGCUGACGACAACCUGGUCUGCCUCUACCUCCACGGCUUCACCACCGCCGACGAGGGGAUCUACAUUUGCAAGCUGAAGAUCACCAACGACUACGGGCCCCAGGCAAAGAAUAUCACCGUGAUCAAAGAUCGGCUGGAGAAAUGUGCCGGCUUCAGCGUCUUGAUCCAAAACACCUCCUGGCUGCUGUUGCUCCUCCUUUCGCUGCCUCUCCUGCAAGCCAUCGAUUUUGUGUCUCUGUGAAAGGAAGGAAAGAAGGAAGGAAGGAAGGACCAGGCUACAAAUGGACCUGAACCUACCCACGGAAUGGAGGAGAAAUUUUAUUACUAUUGUUAUUUCCAUUGUAUUGUUUUGGAAAGAGGCUGCCAUGGAGGAUGUCGUUUUGGCGCCUGAAUCCAGAAUGUACCUCUCGAUAUUAUCUCUUUCUCUCAUAUAUAUAUAUAUAUAAAUCUAUCUAUCUAUAUAGAUACCUAUCUCGCACUAUAUAUAGCCAUAUAUCUAGUGGAAGUGACUAAUUCUGCCCGAUUUGAGAUCCGUUGCGAGCACAACAGUGUUUCCCAGUGGCACCGCUCUCCCAUUCCACAUUGUUUUAUAUAUAUAUAUACACACACACACAUACGCAUAUAUAUAAAUAUCCAUAUCUCCA